AUGCGCUCUUUCGUCCUCGCUUCCCUCGCCGGCCUCGCCGUUGCUGCUCCUGCUGCCAUGCCUCAGGACUCUUUCGACUGGGACAUCAUCGAUGCAGCUGUUGAGCCUUCUCCCACCGGCGCCCCCAUGGGUGUUGUGUCUUCAACCUCUAGCCUCGACAUUACUGCUAUCAACGCUGCUGCUACCAGCGCUGCUUCUUCGGCCUACUCUGAAGCCUUGGCUAACCCUCGUGAUGGUACCUGCGCCUCUCAGCCUUCUGGCUCUGGUCCUAAGACGACCCCCGACACCGCUGCUGCAUUUUCCGCCAACACUAUUUACAACUCUACCGCACUCGCUGCUGGCACUCCUCCCGGAUACAGCGUCGCGUUUGGUCCCAACCAGGGAGCCACAUCUGCCAGUGUCUAUCUCGGCUACUACACCCUGACCUCCUACGACCCUUACAAGUGCCAGGAGUACUGCGACCAAGCUACUAACUGCUAUGCUUUCAACAUCUAUUACGAGCGUGACCCUUCCAAGGACCCUAACGCCGUCAACUGCCCCAACCCCGCUUCGACAGUCAACAUCAAGUGUUCUCUGUGGGGAUCUCAAAUUGAUGCCACCACUGCCACCAACAACGGACAGUGGCGCGACAACUUCCAGGUCGUCAUCGCCGGCUCCAUGGGUUUCAACAAGCUUGCCGAUCCCCCAGCUUGCGCCUCUUUCAACGCUCCUACCGAGCUCGCAGGUGCUAUCCAGGCUCCCAGUGGUUACAUGGGAUCUAGAUACUACCCCGGUGCCUACGACCCUAGCCAGUGCGCUAGUGCUUGCAUCGCUACCAACCAAUACUCUCACAAGCACCCUCGCAGUGAUGGAACCUACGACCCCUGCAACUUCUUCAACUCCUAUGUCUUGAGCAAGAACGGAGCUCCUCAGGGUACUUACUGCAGCAUGUACACCUCCACCUGGGGCAAGAGUCUCUCCACCAACUACGGCCAGUACAGAGGUUCUGACCGCUACACUGUCGGUCAGAGCUACGGCUGGACCUUGACCACUCAGGAUUCUGGCAACGUUGCUGCCCUUUAA